GAAUUCCCUCCCCUUAACCCACUCAUCCACAUCCACACAAGCUCCUCCAACGGUCCUACUCUAACCCUUUCCAGCCCCUCCGACCUCGGCUCUCGGCAUCCCAUCACCACAAACAGCACCACCAAGCUCCAGCUCCAGCUCCAGCUACAGCUCCAACACCACUCCGCUCCGCUAUCUCCAACCCUGUCCUCCCAGGCCACGAUGGCCCCCCUAUCAACCCGCAAGCGCGACUGCGCCUACCUCCUCUUCUUCAUCACCCACGUCCCCAUAAUCUUCCUAAUCGACACCGUGCCCCUGCAGCCCUCCUGGCUACGCACCGAUCUAUCGGCGCAGUUGCGGGGGUACUAUAUCGCGACGUAUCGGGAUAAAUUCUUCGAGGACCCUGCGCCCGUGUGGUUUAGCGCGUUUAUUUGGAUGGAGUUGCUUUAUCAUGUGCCGGCGAGUUUGUGGGCGGUUUGGGGAUUGAUUGGAGACCACCCCCUCAUCCCAGUCCAUCUCCUCAUCUUUGGCAUCCAAGCCUUCGUCACUUCCCUAACCUGCCUAAUCGACGUCUGGAGCUGGCCCGAUCGCACAACCUCCGAAAAACAACAAAUCACCUCCCUCUACGGUCCAUACGUUGCACUAGGUGCGCUUAUGGCUUUGGACAUGGUAGUUCGAUUGCGUGCUCGGUUGAUGCCAAAGAGCAAGCGCGAGUGA